AUGGCCGCACCGAGCCCGGGGCCCCACGAGGUCCUGGCCCCCUCCCCAGAGGCUGGGUGCAGAGCAGCCACCUCGACGUCUGGCCGCCGUGGCCUCCUCUGGCGCCUCCGAGACAAGCAGGCUCGCCGAGGCCUGUUUGAGAUUGGCCCGGGGCAUGAGCUGCACCAGCUGACGUGCAUGAUGCAAGCAGGGCUGUGGGCUGCCACCCAAGUCUCCAUGGACCACCCGCCCACAGGACCGCCUACUGAGGAGGAUUUCUCUGAGGUCCUGACCCAGGUCCACGAGGGCUUCGAGCUGGGCACCCUGGCUGGCCCCGCCUUCGCCUGGCUGCGCCACUCCCUAGGCCUGGCCGAGGAGGACUAUCAGGCAGCCCUAGGCCCCGGCGGCCCCUACCUGCAGUUCCUCAGCACCUCCAAGAGCAAGGCCAGCUUCUUCCUGUCCCACGACCAGCGCUUCUUCCUGAAGACCCAGCGGCGUCGGGAGGUGCGGGCGCUGCUCGCCCACCUGCCCCGCUACGUGCAGCAUCUGCAGAGGCACCCACACUCGCUCCUUGCCCGGUUGCUGGGAGUGCACAGUCUGCGGGUGGCACGGGGAAAGAAGGAAUUCUUCAUCAUCAUGCUGAGCGUCUUCUACCCCGCCGGCCGCAUCUCCGAGAGGUAUGACAUAAAGGGCUGUGAGGUGAGCCGAUGGGUGGAGCCAGCCCCCGAGGGUAGCCCCCUUGUCCUGGUGCUGAAGGACCUCAACUUUCAAGGCAAGACCAUCGACCUGGGGCCCCAGCGGAGCUGGCUCCUCCACCAGAUGGAACUGGACACCGCCUUCCUCCGGGAGCUCAACGUGCUCGAUUACAGCCUCCUGAUGGCCUUCCAGCGUCUCCACGAGGAUGAGAGGGGCCCAGGCAGCAGCCUCCUCUUCCGCACCGUCAGGUCUGUGCGAGGGGUACAAAGCCCGGAGGAGCCGGGAUCCCAGAACCGCCGGCUGCUGCCUGACUCCCCCAACGCCUUACACAUCCUGGACGGGCCGGAGCAACGCUAUUUCCUGGGCCUCGUGGAUCUGGCCACGGUCUAUGGGCUCCGCAAGAGGCUGGAGCACCUAUGGAAGACGCUGCGCUACCCGGGCCGGACCUUUUCUACCGUCAGUCCCGCUCGCUACGCCCGUCGCCUCUGCCAGUGGGUGGAGGCACAUACCGAGUGACCCGCGCUCGCGGCUCUCCGCAUCUGGACAACGGGCGCAUGUCGGGAACCAGCGUUGGGCUCCCCUCGCCUGUCGUUCCGCCUUCGGCCUCCAGAGGGCAGCAUCCCCUAACUAAUACCAUGACAACACAGCCUCACUUGGUGGCGAUGCAGUGUUGGUCUUGUGCCAGGGACUCUCCUACGUUAGCUCAUUUAACCCUCAAAAAAAAAAAAAAAAAAAAAAAGCUAUUAUCCUCUUUUUACAGACCAUGAAAUGGAGGCUCAGGGGGUGAAGGGACUGAGCAAGAUCAUUCAGCAAUAAAUGCUGGAACCAGGACUCGACUCUGCCUUUUGGACUCAGGAGCCUGUAUUCUUACCCACCAGCUCCCUCAGCACUGGCCUCCUGCUUUGGGGAAGGGGGCAAGGCUGAAGGCUCCAGCCAAGCGCCUUUGUCGUCCAGAUGGGGAAAUUGAGGCCCAGAGACUUUAAGGGGCUUGCUAUUGGGUGCCUGGCCCCCAUCCCUUCCCAGCGCGAGCCCUGGAGACGGCAGCCCCCC